CCAUCCAUGGCUCACAACAACUCUUCUUACUCCAAUCUCUUCUUCUCUUCUUCCUCCUCUUCUUCUUCCUCUUCUUCCUUCUCCUCACCUGCAACACCAGCACCACCGCCCUUUUUCCAAUUCAACCACCACCGUUAUUUCCCUUAUUAUUACCACCACCAUCACACUACUACUGCUUCUGCACCUUUCUCUUAUUCAUCCUCAUCUACUACUUCACCUCCUUCCCCUCCUCUCAGGGAAGAGCUUCCGCUUCUCACUCUCAGUCCUGCAAGGCCCGACACCAACCACCACCCUUCUUGCAGCACCACUUCCAUGGAUUUCGACGAAGAAGACGACGCCGACGCUGACGACGCUGAUGCUGAUGCUACUGAUGCUGCUGAUGCUACUACUGUCACGGUUGCACUGCACAUAGGGCUUCCGAGCCCUAGCGCUGCUGAGAUGGCAUCCGUGCUCUCCGAGAAGGAGCACGGCGGAGGCGAGGAUUCCGGAGGCGGUGGUUCUACGGGAAACAAGGUGAACAAGGGACAGUACUGGAUCCCAACCCCAUCUCAGAUUCUGAUUGGUCCUACCCAGUUUUCUUGCCCUGUUUGCUGCAAAACCUUCAACAGAUACAACAACAUGCAGAUGCAUAUGUGGGGGCAUGGAUCGCAAUAUAGAAAAGGACCAGAAUCUCUAAGGGGAACUCAACCAACAGGGAUGUUAAGGUUACCAUGCUAUUGUUGUGCACCAGGGUGUAGGAACAACAUUGACCACCCAAGAUCAAAGCCAUUGAAGGACUUUAGAACACUGCAAACACAUUACAAGAGGAAGCAUGGGAUUAAGCCUUUCAUGUGCAGGAAAUGUGGCAAGGCCUUUGCUGUUAGGGGUGAUUGGAGAACCCAUGAGAAGAACUGUGGCAAGCUUUGGUAUUGUAUUUGUGGUUCUGAUUUCAAGCACAAGAGAUCCCUUAAGGAUCACAUUAAAGCUUUUGGCUCUGGCCAUGCAGCUUAUGGCAUUGAUGGUUUUGAAGAAGAUGAUGAUCCUGCUUCUGAAGUAGAGCAAGAUCAUGAAUCCACCCAAUAAUUACUUUUUAUUAUAUAUGUGAAUUAAUCAUCUUAAUUAAUCAUAUAUUAUUGGGGAUUAAUUUAUUAAUUAAUUAUAUAUAUGGUCAUGAUCAUGAUGCCUUCCAAUUU